UCUUAAAAUUCAAAACUUCACAUCAAACCGUUGUAGUGGUGCCUUCGUACAUUGCUGUUACAGUUGUCGCUGUCUUCAGUUGUGGCUUAGAGUUCUACUAAAAAUACUGUGAUGUGGGACUUUCUUGUUCCUGUGUGUGUGAGUGACCUCGUGAAGACUGGGGGAAUUAACCAGUACGUGGUUCAGGAUGUUGUCUCUCCAAAACAACUGCCCUCCCAUCUCAACGGGUUCAAGGCUGCCCUGAGAAGCCAGGGGCCACUCUGUAUCCUGGAGCAUUUUGACACUUGUUACAGCGUGCUGAAACAUUGCCAUACAGUUGAUUUGAAUGUGAAAGAGGACACCCUGGAGUUGCUCAUACAAGUUGUGAGUGGGCUGUCUGUAUCUCUGCCCGCCCUCCUCCUCAACGCUUCACUGUCCGCGCCGGACCGGAAGGAGCAGCUCAAUGCUGUGAAAAUGAGUGUAUUCCUCCUCUGCAAGCUCGCAGAAAUCAUAGAGAGUGACUCUUACAGGCAGAGUAUUGUCACUGCACCCAGUAAGGGCAGCAAGAAGGGUAAGGCUGCUGGAGAAGGUCUGUUGCAGUGGGAUUCUGAGAGGGAGACUGUCCUGCAGGCUCUGAUCCAGCUCCUUCAGCUGGACAUCCGCUCCCUCUGGAGCCUCUCUCUGGUAGAAGAGGAGUUCAUCAGCUGUGUGACGUGUUGCUGCUAUAAACUUUUGGAGAACCCAACCAUCAACCACGUGAAGAGCAAAUCAACAAGGGAUGCCAUUAUCCACCUGCUGGGGGUGCAAGUGAAGAAAUACAACCACCUCCUGGGGGCCAGUGUCAAGGUGAUCCAGCUCCUCCAGCACUUGGAGCAGCUGUCUUCAGUGUGUGCCCAGGCUGUGGCCGUGUGGAGCACGGAGUAUGGCGUCAAGGCCAUUGUGGGUGAAGUUAUGAGAGAGAUCGGUCAGAAGUCUAGUGAGGAGCUGGCCAGAGAGGGGUCUGGGGUCAAGGCCUUCUCUAGCUUCCUGUCUGAACUUGCCACGCUGGUCCCCGACAUCAUGAUCCCCAACAUCAGUGUGUUGCUUACACACCUGGAGGGAGAGAGCCCCAGCAUGCGUGUGGCUGUCUGUGAGGUUCUGGGGGAGGUGCUGGUAAAGGUUCUGAGUGGAGAUGGUCUGGAUGAGUCGGGCAAGGCUGACCGGGACCGCUUCAUGGAUACACUGCAAGAGCACCUCCACGACGUCCACUCUCACGUCAGGUCCCGCGUUCUGCAGGUCUACACGCGCAUCGUCAACAGCAAGGCUCUUCCCCUGAACAGGUACAGUGAGGUGAUGGGGCUGACUGUUGGAAGGCUGAUGGACAAGUCCGUCAAUGUGGUUAAGAGUGCCAUCCAACUACUGGCAGCAUUCAUCGCACACAACCCCUACAGCUGCAAGUUGAGCAGUGCUGACCUGAAGACCCCCCUGGAGAAGGAGACCGCCAGGCUCAGAGAGCUGAGAGAGAAACUGCAGGCAAACGCUCCUGUUGCUGUGAUCAAGGCCUCAGAGCUGUGGGCCGCGAUGGAACCCGAGCUGCUUCUCACAGUCCGCGCAGAGCUGGAGCCCACCAGUGAUGGAGAGAGGGAGCAGCGGCAAGAGGAGGAGGCAGAAGAAGAGGGGGCGGAUGACCACGCCACUGCUGUGCAGAUUGCGCAGUUCCUCCGUGUCAACAAAUAUAGGAAUGCGGUGCGUCUCUGUGUGCGAGCCCACAGCCUGUACCCGGAGUCUGAGUUGUUCUCCUCUCUGACCUCUCUCACCCCUGAGACGGUCAUGGAUACCCUGGCCUUGCUCUUUAAAGGUCCCGACCAGGACGUCUCUGAAAACCGAGAGGACCUACCGCUCACCCCCCAGAAAGAGGGAGUGGAGGGUGGGGGAAAGGAUGGGGUGGAGGAUAGUGAGCUGAAGAAACAGGAGAUGCUGGUGCAGUAUCUGAGAGACACUGAAAGCUUUGCCCUGCAGGUGGAGGCAGCCAUUGCUGUCAUCAACAGCAUGCUUUACUGGAAAACAACCUCCGUUGUCCAGGAGGCUGUGCAGUUCUGUGUGACUGUAUGUGAGUUCAGUGUGGCUAACUCUCUGACUGGUGUGAGGAAGAUGCUGCCUCUGGUCUGGUCUACUGAUGCCACCAUUAAAGAUGCUGUGGUGCAGGCCUACAGACGUCUCUAUCUCAACCCCCAGGGAGACAGCACCAGGGCUAAAGCGCAGACUCUGGUGGAUAGUCUGUCUGAACUGAUGGUGGAUGCCUCUCUGGGGACCAUCCAGUGUCUGGAGGAGAUAGUUCAGGAAUUCUUUGGCGGUGGCAGCAGCCUUCAGUCCACAGUGGUUCAGGUUCUGUGGGAGAGGUUCACUGGCAAACGAGAGACUUCCAGCCUGCACCGACGGGCAGCUGUGCUGUUACUGGGUAUGGCUGCACGAGCGGAGAGGGAAGUGGUCCUCAGUAACCUGGACACGCUGUGUUCCGUGGCUCUGGCAGAGAAGGUGACUGAAGACUUUCUGCUGGCCCGAGAUUCUGUCAUCACUGUCUGUAACAUCACCGACCACGUCCGGCAAGCCAAAGGCGCGCCAUUCCGGUUGCCUCAGGACCAUCAGCUUUUCACCUGCCUCACACGGGCCAUCGCCGAAGGUGUGGUGAUGGAGGACCCUCAUUGGCAGAGCUUCAUGGAGCAGGCUGUCCGUCUGAUUUACUUCCUGGCCGAAUCUCCGGACCAGAUCUGCUCCUGCCUCCUCCAGCGCUGCUCUCGCCUGCUAUUGGACCAGAUUGCAGAGGGUGGAGUGAUGUCAACCAACAAGGAUGUUGGCCAAGCUGAGUCUCAGGACCCUGAAGACCAGGGAGAACAGGUCCCGGCAGUAAGCUGCUUGUCCCUGGCCCAGCUGCUGUCUCUGUGUGGCUGCGUGGCAUUCUGGCAGGUGUCCCAUCUGGAGCGCAGCGUCAGCUCUGAGCUUCGGAGAAGGAGAGGAGAAACAGAGGAGAGGGAGGAGAAGGCAAAGGGCCCCUCCAGUAAGGCCAAGCUAGCAGCCAAUGAAAGUUCAGUGGAGGAGGAACUUGGGUUGAUGGGAGCUUCUGCUGACGAUACGGAGGCCGAACUUAUCAGGAAGAUUUGUGAGACUGAGUUGCUGGCUGAUGAGAACCUGUUGUGCUCCUUCCUGCCCCUGCUGGUGAGGGUGUGUAGUUCCCCCGGACGUUACUCCCACCCCCAGCUUACCGCGGCUGCCUGCCUCGCCCUCUCACAGUUCAUGAUGAUCAGUCCUUCAGUGUGUGAGGAGCACAUCCGUCUGUUGUUCACGGUGCUGGAACGUUCCUCUCUACCCAUCGUUCGGGCCAAUGCCAUAAUUGCCCUCGGAGACCUCACAGUCCGUUUCCCCAACAUCCUCGAGCCCUGGACCCAGAACCUUUACACCAGGCUGAGUGAUGAGAACCCUUCUGUGAGGCAGACUGCUGUAACUGUCCUCACCCAACUGGUCCUGAAGGAUGUGUUGAAGGUUAAAGGUCAUGUCAGCGAGGUGGCUGUGCUGCUCAUCGACCCCCAGACACACAUCGCCAACCUCGCACUCAACUUCUUCAACGAGCUCGCCUCCAAGGACAAUGCCAUUUACAACCUGCUGCCAGACAUCAUCAGCCGACUGUCAGACCCGGAGAGAGGAAUGAAUGAGCAGGACUUCUACACCAUCAUGAAGCAGCUGUUUUCCUACAUCACUAAGGAGCGGCAGACUGAGUCCCUGGUGGAGAAGUUGUGUCAGCGCUUCAGAACAGCCAAGACUGAACGUCAGUGGUGUGACCUGGCUGUGUCUCUGUCUCUCCUGUCCAUGUGUGAGCGAGGGCUGAAGAGACUCCAAGAGUGUUGGGAGUGUUACAGUGACAAGCUGACAGAGACGGGGGUCUACCAGCCUCUCCUGUCCAUCACCGCUAAGCUGCGCCGUGGGGCCAAACCGCAGCUCAAGGCCCAGGUGGAGGAGUUUGAGAAGCGUCUGACGGCAGUGCACACCCGAGGCCUUGAGAACGUAGAAAGCCCUGAAAUGGAGGAGGAGAACCGGCCUGAGGGGACCGGACCCAGCCAGAACACACCCCCACACACACCACUACCCAACAAGGCCCGGGUCAGCCGGCCCAGGAGAGGUCAAGCUAAGCCUUCUGUAUCCAGUCACCGUGACGAUAGCUUUGUGACCCCCAAACCAACUCGCAAGUCUUCUAAGAAACCUGUUGUCACCUUCAGCAGUGAUGAAGAGGAGGAGGAAGAGGAUGCUGUCAUGGCUGAGAGUGAGACGCCCAAAGUGACCACACCCAUCUCUCGCACAUCCAGACGGGCUCGUCUCAGGCACUGACUCCGUUCCCCUGUUCUGUCACUGUUGUAUUUGUAAUUCCGCACCCGUCGGCACUAUUCUGUCUUUUUGUAACCAAUGUAGCUGAUCCAUGACUUAAUAAAACCUGCUUCAUCCCUUUUA